GUUUCUUGCAUUGUAUUGUGCAGUUUUUGUGUUGUGUCUGCGUCGGAAUUCAUUUCCCGUUGAGUCUCCGUCCUCCGCCGCAUAAAGCGAUGUCUUCCGCCGAGACGGAGAUGGAGCCUCUCACGUCCGGUGCAAGCAAUCGCAUAAUUCCGCUUCUCAAAGCCCUGAGGUCUUCGCUGAUAUUCGUCUACACCUACUUCCUCUCGUUCCUGUUGUUCGUUCUCCCCCGGCGCCGCCGCUUCUCCUCGACGCCGUCUUUGGCGGGACCACCGUCGCCGAAGAAGCAUUUGAAGCGGCGGUGGCUGGUUCGGGAGGAGGAAGACACGUUCAGGAGAAGAGCGUUGGCGCAAGACGUGGGAAUGGGUCGCGACGAUGGAUGUUGCCGGUGGAACACUUCUAUUUUCUACGGUGUUAGAAACAACGCUCUGUUUUGCCGAUCGUGGUUCCCGGUCACCGGUCAUGUUAAGGGCAUUCUGAUCAUCAUUCAUGGGCUUAAUGAACACAGUGGAAGAUAUGCGGACUUUGCAAGGCAAUUAACAUCUCGCAACUUUGGUGUCUACGCAAUGGACUGGAUAGGUCAUGGAGGUAGUGAUGGAUUGCAUGGUUAUGUUCCUUCUCUUGAUCAUGUGGUUGCAGACACAGGGGCUUUCUUAGAAAAGAUUAAAUCAGAUAAUCCUGGGAUACCGAGCUUUCUCUUUGGUCACUCCACUGGAGGGGCUGUGGUGUUGAAAGCAGCCUCCCAUCCUCAUAUUGAAGUAAUGGCGGAGGGAAUUAUAUUAACCUCGCCAGCUUUGCGUGUGAAGCCAGCUCAUCCUAUUGUUGGUGCUGUUGCUCCAUUUUUUUCUCUGGUAGCUCCUAAAUUCCAAUUUAAAGGAGCAAACAAAAGGGGCAUUCCAGUUUCAAGGGACCCAGCAGCUUUGUUGGCAAAGUACUCUGAUCCUUUGGUCUACACAGGACCUAUAAGGGUCAGAACUGGUCAUGAAAUAUUGCGGAUAUCCUCGUACUUAAUGCGAAACUUCAAGUCUGUGACAGUGCCAUUCUUUGUCCUCCACGGAACUGCUGAUAAGGUAACUGAUCCACUGGCCUCACAAGAUCUCUACAAUGAGGCAGCUUCGGAGUUCAAAGACAUAAAGCUUUAUGAUGGAUUCUUGCACGACCUUUUGUUUGAACCUGAGCGUGAAGAGAUAGCUCUGGACAUUAUCAACUGGAUGGAAAAGAGAUUAUUUACUAUUUGAAAAAGUCAGUAGGAAGGAAAGACACAAGGUGGAAAAAGGAAUGCCAAGGUUCAAGGUUGGUUAAGUGUAGAAAAUUGAAGUCGCCCUGGGAAAGGGGGUGGCGGAAGCAGAUAGUUUAUUUUUAGGUGUUGGAUAUAUUUAUAUGAAAUGUGUGACGAUCGUUGUUUCAUCGAGAAACUGUAAAUUAUAUAGUUUUAAAUUUCAGUAGCGUUUUCAACUCCCUAUUUCCAGCAUUCUUUUAAUUGGUUAUCCGUUUAGUGCACGUCAUGUUCGCGAAAUUUUAAUUUUAGUUUUUUGCACGACUUCAAUUCCUGCAGUAUCUAUAUGUGGUGUUUGUUUCCAAAGCGUCGUGAGUUAAACGGAUACAAAAACAACUCUAAUUACUCCUUAUAAAUAUUUCAGAAUUUGGUUUUAG